ACAGACUAAGAACAUGACAGAAGACAAGAGAAGAGGAGGGGGAGAUGAAGUGGAAGAUGGAGGACCAGGUUUGAUAUACAUGCCAUUUGUCAUUAUGGAAGAGCUACUUGAUAAGCUGCGUCUACUUGAUUAUGAAAAAGACUUUUCAAAGAAGAUGAAUCUCAAACCUGUUAACAGGUAUUUUUUUUUAUGAUAUAGAGAAUUGGAAAGACCAUGUUUUUGUAAAUGUAGAUUUAAUGAUAUAUUUAAAGACUUUUUGUGUGGAAGUAAUGUCUAUCUUAACGAAAGGUAUGAACAAUAAUAUUAUUUUUAUUAUUCCCCCACCCCACCCCAGGCAUUAUUUUGCUGUUCAGACAAACCCUGGAGAACAAUUCUACAUGUUUACAUCCCUUGCUGCUUGGUUAUUAAAUAAAGCUGGUAGACCAUUUGAUCAGCCCCAAGAGGUUAGCAUGGGCCGUUCAGCUUAUCUUAUAUAGUUUUUUUUAUUGUUCAAAAUUUCAGUUUAAUACCUUAUUUUUAAGUCUAAAAUAAACAGAAUAAAUAGACUCAAACAGUGCUUAUCUUUUAAUAUAUAUAUUUUUUACUUGUUUUUGAAUUUAGAAUUAUUAUUUUGAUAUCAUUUUCUGGGUCUGUAUUCACUAUGGCUCUGUUAUAAACAGUAUGAUGACCCAAAUGCAACUAUAUCCAGCCUCCUGGAUGAAGUUAGAAAAUAUGUAAGUUAUUAUUUUUUUUUUAAAUUCAACUUUUUAAGAAAAUAUUAUAUAAUUUAGUGGAACCAAAUAAAAACAGCACAAUAUUUUAUUUUAUGAUUCCUCAUUAAUUUCUACAGAAGUGGUAUUGUCAAUAUUUUAAUUUUAAGUAUAAAAAUGUAAAUUUAAAAAAAUAUCAUUAGGGUUUGAAAAAAACACACAAGUCUUUUAAAGUUUGAAAAUGCUUGUUAGAUUUGAUACUUUGAUCAUUUUUUUUUUACCAGAGUUCAACAAAUAAAAUUAAUAAGCUUAUAAUUGAUGACAUUGUACAGUGUAAAUUUAUUCAUUAAUGUAAACUCAGGCUUAAAACCAUUGUUAGGUUCCAUUAAAUACUAAAACUGUUAUAUUGAAAUCUGUUACAGGGCCAUGCAAUAGACUUUCCUCCAUCCAAGCUGAAACAAGGCUGGGGUGAGCACUGCAUAUAUAUCCUAGACCGUCUUGCUGAUGAGGCACUGAAAAGUACUAAUUUCACAUGGGGAAGGUAAAUGUAUUUUUUCACACUUGCUUAUGCCUGUAAUACCGCUUUUCAUGAUUAUGUAAUUUAAAGUUAUGUCCGCUACUGUUUGUCUCAUUGGUCCGGUUUGAAUAAAUCCUGUCCCAUUAAAUGGUUAGGAAUUUUCAAUAUUUUUUUCUAAAGAGAGUAAAGCAUGGUGUAAAAUUCAAUUCUCAAAAAUCUCUCUAGGAUUUCCUUAUUAUUUUAUUUAAAAAUUAACCUGUGCAAUUAAAAAAAAAAAAAAUUAUUGCAGACCACAUUACCCAGAGGAAGAAAUGGAUGAAGAGAAUAUUGUUGAGGAUGAUUCAGAGCUGACACUGAAUGAAAUUGAGAAGUCCAUGGCCAUAGGGGUAAGUAACUCCCACUCAUUCACAGUUAACACUGAAGGAAAUUGAGAAGUUCAUUUACACAACAUUAUCAUUGUAGUGUGCAAGGUUGAUUGCCUUUUCAGGUUAAGCAUGCAAUUCAGAAUUGAUGCACAAUCCAGGGUUAAGAAAUAAUUCAAGAUUACUCAUUGUAAUUUAAAUCUUUGAUUUUGAUAUAUUAAUCAUAACCUAGUCUUAAAAAAAAAAAAAAUUAACAUGAAAUACACACAUUCGCUAUAUUCACACUAUGUUCUACUAUGGCACCAAGUUUCAUAUGAACUUUGUGAAACUUCUUGUUGAGUGAACAUAAUGUCUUAGCAUAAUUUCUCCAAAAGUGUAAAACAUUGUGUUAUUCCUAAAUUUUUUUUAAGGUUUUGUAUAAAUAAAUAAAUCAAAUUAUAUCAUAUAUGCAAUGGACUGAGCAAUUUGAAACACUACAAACGUUUAAAUUUAUAUAGAAAUAUAAUAGUGAAUAAAAUUUCAAGGUAGAAUUUAAUGUGAUUAUAAUAGUUGUGUGGUGGAACUUUAUGGAGAAGUUAUAUGUUCUGAUAUUUUUUUCGAGAGAUCUUACGAUCCAUUUUAAAGACUUAUCUAGACUUUCUUUUGUUUCAACAAGAGUUCUGAUGUUGAGGAUGUCGAUGAAGAUGAGCCCCUUAUGGAUCUUGAAGGCAUGAAAAAAUUGAAUAUGAACAAAGUGAGCUAGCUGGACACCACAUCAUUGUUUUUGCUUUCCAACGUACCAACUAAAUUAGAUUUUAUUGUUCAAUAUUUUGAUAGAUGGAUGAAAAUUUACUCACUUUUUAAAAUUAAUAAAUGUUAACCAGGAGGGUAAAGCUUUUAGCAAAGCACAGUUAUUGACUUAUUUUAGUUUAUUCCAAAAUUUUAGGUGUUGUUAGAAGUAUGUAAUCAUAGAUUCCAACUCUUUGCCCCCCCCCCCCCCCCAAAUCAACAGCAAACCUUUGAGUCCAGCAAGCCAGAAGAAAUUCUAGAGUCAACAACAGAUGCAGCAGACUGGAAACUUGAAGUUGAGCGAGUGAUGCCACAACUUAAAGUCACAAUCAGGACAGACAACAAGGUAGGGUGAGAACCACUGUAGAUAUUCCAUGAUAUUAUAGUGAGCCCUGCAUAUGUAUGGGUAAGAAUUGAAUUCUUCUUCAACCAUAUUUGCAUCUUUAUUUAGUAAUCUUGGUGGGCCAAAACAUAGCUGCUUAUGUUGAUCUUAGUUGGCUACUGCAUUUUUUCCUGGAACAUUGUCCUUCGAGUUAAUCGUUUGAUUGGCAAAUACAUUGUCCUUUGGGUUAAUCUUCGUUGGCCAAUGCAUUGUCCUUUGGGUUAAUCUUGGUUGUCUAAUACUUCCUUUAGGUUAACCUUGUUUGGCUAAUGCAUUGUCCUUUGGGUUAAUCUUGUUUGGCUAAUGCAUUGUCCUUUGGGUUAAUCUUGUUGGGCUAAUGCAUUGUCCUUUGGGUUAAUCUUGUUAGGCUAAUGCAUUGUCCUUUGGGUUAAUCUUGGAUGCAUUGUCCUUUGGGUUAAUCUUGGUUGUCUAAUUGUAUUUUCUUUCAAGUUCUAAUGGAUUUUCUAAGGCCGAUUUUCUCGGUGAGUUUUUUUGUGUUUCUCUUUCUUGGGAAACAGCUUUAAUUUGGACUUUAGAUAUCAAGUAACUCAGCAUAGUAAAGAAAUGUCUCUUCCGCCAUUUCUGUAAACUUCCGCCAUACCAACAAAAAAAUGGCGAUCGAUUCCCGACCUAGACAAAGAAAGAGGGGCAGAAGGGGAGGCAUUCGUGUAAAAUGCAGAAACAGAGGACAGCGGGGCUUUCUUCCACCUGUUUUUUUGGGAAAUGUCAGGUCACUGUGUAACAAGAUGGAUGAACUGGACUGUUGCUGUAAGCAUUUCUAUCAAUUUCGCGAAAGCUCUUUAAUAGGCCUGACAGAAACAUGGCUUAACGAAACAGUACCAGAUUCAGCAGUGGCAUUGGACGAAUUUAACCUUUUCCAUGCCAAAAGAACAACCGACAGUGGCAAAUCCAAGGGAGGGGGAUUGGCAAUAUAUAUUAACAAAAACUACUGUAGCAUCAACAACAGUACAGUGAAACAUGUAAUUUGUACACCCGACAUAGAACUACUCUGCAUUACUUUAAGGCCAUUGUACCUACCAAGGGAGUUCACCCAAAUCUGUAUCCUCCUUACUUACAUUCCUCCUAAUGGUAACAAGGAGCAGGCUACUGAGAGACUUUUGAAUGUAAUCCAUGAUUUCGAAACAAAAAAUCCCAGACUCCGUUUGUCUUGUUAUGGGGGACUUUAAUCAACUAUCACUGAAUAAAUCCAUGCCAACUUACAUCAAGUAUGUUACUUGCCCCACGCGACAAGACUGAACUCUGGAUAUGUGUUCUGGUAAUAUUAAAAAGGCCUACACAUGUCUUGCUUUAUUUCCACUUGGAGAAUCAGAUCACUCAAUGGUCCGCCUAACGGCAUGCUAUAAGCCAGUUUUAAAAACAACAAAAAUUCCAUCAAAAACUAUUGAACUGUGGUCAGAUGAGGCGACAGAAAAACUUCAAGCCUGCUUGGUAUGUAUAGACUGGGACACAUUUAUAAACACUUGCCCGGACAUUGACGAGCUAACAAAACCAUCAAUUCCUAUAUUAAGUUCUGUGUAGACGAAAUUAUUCCCAAAAAAACAAUCCCUGGAUGAGCAGAGAAAUAAAGGAGGCCAUCCACCACAAGAAGAUCAUGUUUAAGAUUAACAAUCAGGAAUUCAUUAAAGCUAAAAAAAUAUUGAAAGAAAAAAUAUAUCUGGGUAAAAAACAAUACAAGCAAAGAAUCGAAAAAUUAUUCACUGCUAAAAAUUCAAAGGCUUGUUGGGCAGGACUAAAGCAAAUAACAGGAUAUACUCCUAAGCAAGGAUGCUUAAGUGUUGAGGAAUUUUGUUAACGACUUAAAUGACUUUUAUUGUCGUUUUGACAGCCUGGACUUUGGAAGAGUGCACAAUGAGAUGAUGAAUUCAUUUCAAGAUGGCAGUAGUACACAGGAUGGUACUUUAUUGUUUACCGAACAGAGAGUGAUGUCAUUAUUUAACCAAGUGGACGCAGCCAAAGCCUCGGGACCAGACAAAUUAAUAAUUAGCUAACAUGGCAUGAGCACGGCCAAAUGCUGUAUAAGAAAUGAAACCAAAGACUGUUCUACCUUAAAAAACUGUACUAUUUCGGCGUAAACAAGCAAGUUGUUUACUUCUUCUACAGUGCAACAAUUGGAAGCCUGCUUAAUUUCAGUAUAACCUGCUGGUGUGGGAUAUCAACGUCUGAUAUUAAACACUGCAUAAACCGACUAAUCAAGAAAGCUAGGAACAUAACACAAACUAAACAUCAUUCGCUUGAAGAACUAUUUGAAGAAAGAUGUUUUUGUAAAACUAAACACAUUUGGAUGAUACAUCCCACCCUCUUAAUCACAGAUACUUAGGAUCGGGCCGUUCAGGACGAAUUCUUUCCAUCAGGGCGAGGACUGACAGAUAUAAAAAUUCUUUUGUUCCCCAAUCUGUACGAAUUUACCGGCGUGCUUCCUCUGAAGUCAAACAUCUGAAUGAGAACUAAUAAGUCCCCGAUUUUUCUAAGAGAACUCACUGAAUGGCUGUUUGAAAUAAUUUAUUAUAAAUGUCUUGUGUUCAAAAUUGUUUUAUUUUUGUGCUGAAAAUGUAUAAUGCAAUCAAAAAAACAUUUCCAUUUAUUUGGAUCAAUAAAAGAAUCUUAUCUUAUCUUAUGUAAUACAUUGUUCUUUGGAUAAAUCUUGUUGGCUAAUACAUUGUCUUUUGGGUUAAUCUUGUUUAGAUAAUACAUUGUUUUUUGGGUUAAUCUUGAUUGGCCAAUAAAUUGUCCUUUGAGUUAAUCUUAGUUGGCUAAUACAUUGUUCUUUUAAUUUACCUUGCGGGUUAAUAUGAUUGAUAAUUCAAUUGUUGAAAUGGGAAAUGGCGUAGGUGGGCAGUCGAGUGUGAGCUCUUAAUGCCCCAGUUAUGAAAAAUAAAAAAAAUAAAAAAAUCCUUAUCAAAGAAUUACACCGGAACCACAUUUUUCGGGAACCCCUGGCCUGGAGGACGUCCGGUCGACCGAAAACGCAGUGUUUAAAGCGUUCAUGGUCCACUCUCCCAAAGGGUCGGGAUGGGUUUGCUUCCCCUCAGGAGGAUUGGUGUUGCGUUACCACCCCCACCACCCACAGAGUCUUUCGGUCAAGGUGAAAGCUGGGAUGAAACGGUCGCCUAAGAGCGGCUUUCUCACGGCCGUGUAGCUAAAAUCAUCAGCAUGUGUUUUAACCGCCACCCAGACCUCAUAUCCAUUAAUGGCAACAAGUAAUCAUGUUACGACUUUACUUCAAACAAAACAUUCUAUCUUUGAUGCUAAUGACAAAUAUAUUGUUGCAGGAUUGGAGAGUCCAUCUGGAACAAAUGCACCAGCACCAUGAGGGUAUCAAGACAUCUCUGGAUGAGAGCAAAGUUCACUUAGACAAGCUUCAGGAUGAGAUCUCUAGGACGUUAGAGAAGAUCUCCAGCAGAGAGAAAUACAUCAACUCACAACUAGAACAUCACCUGGUGGACUUCCGACAAGCGCAAGAUGCUCUUGCAGAAACAAAGGAAAAGUACAGACAAGCGAGUGGUGGUGUGACAGAAAGGUCCAGAAUGUUGGCUGAGGUAGACAGCUUUGUAAAUUAGUGUAGAGAGAUAAUGCCAAAACAGUAGUUGAGAAUUAAAGGAGCUGAUUAUAUGAACCAACUAGACAUUGAUAUACAAAUAGUAUGUCCCAGACUCAAAUUACAUAUUUAUGUAACAAAGUUAAAAUAAUAUACAGGACUUCUAUGCAAACAUACAACUGAUACAACUUGUUCAUAGAAACAUUUCAGUCAUAGCAUUGGUCAAUAAAUAGAGAGUAUUUAAAUUUAAGUGAAUUGGAGAAAAAUAGGAUGGAUGAUGUUUCAUAGUUAUCCACCCCUUGUAAUAAUUGACAUACUUUUUUCAGUUAAGUGACCAGAUGCUGACAAAAUAAUUUAACAUCAAAUUGUGUUGAGCGAAUGAUGGUGAUCUAUAACGUCAUAUAUUAAUGUUUUGGAAAAAAAACUAAAGUUAGCUAUUAUCAUUAAAUGUUUAAUCUAAAUGUCAUUAGAUCACUGAAGAAUUGGAGAAAAUAAAACAAGAAAUGGAUGAGAGAGGUAGCAGCAUGACAGAUGGAGGUAGGUUUUGCAUUAUUUUUUUUUUUUAAGCACAUUUAUAUAUCAGACAGGAAAGACUUCAACGUUAUACAAGAAUAGAGUUUUAUAUUUUAGUACUACUAUGUGUAAACACAAGGAAAACUAAAACCUCUGUUCAGCUUCAUGUCUUGAUGUUCAGUGAGUAGCUACAAACAAAACAACAUGGUCUCUCACAUCUCAACUCAAGAAACACAGGCCUGACGCAUUGACGAUGGAGGGAAGCAACUGUGGCAAUGCAACUCAAGGACAUCACAACAUUAAGAAUGUAUUUAAUUUUAUGAGAGACUUCAGGAUGUAUUUCUUUAUAUUUAUUCUUUUUCCUCAGUAGGUGUCCAAAUAGAAAUAAGUUGCACUGUUAUACAUUACUAUUUGGAAAUUUAUUAAAUAGAGAAACAUCAGUUUUUAAAAGGAAAUCUCAAAUCUUACCAUUUAAGGCAGGAUGCGGGCCCCACCAUGCUUAUCAUUUACCUGGACACCAAAUUGGAUUUAUUUUCAAUUUGACCAUUUUAGCUGUAAUGAUAGGAUAUUAUAUUUGUAACAAGAACAUCAGCAGGACAGUACUUCUUUCCUGUAAAGACACACAUGAGUUUUAUUUUUUUAUAAGAUAUUCACUUUCUCCUCAAUUUUUAAAUUUUAAACAAAUUUCUUCAAGUUAUUUUUACCUGAAGUUAUCAGUUGAGCAAAAACCCACAUGAACAUUUUUUUACAUUACAGCACCUCUGGUGAAGGUUAAACAGGCUAUACAGUUGCUGAAAAAAGAAAAUACACAAAUGGACAUUCGAGCUGGUGUAGUGGAGCACAUCUUACUGCAGGCCAAACUCAAAGACAAAACUCUACAAAACAAACAAGUGCACUCUAGCGGUGGAGGAAAUGAAGGAUUUGUUAUAUAACUGACUGGUGAUGUUGUACGAAAAUCAGUCAAUCCAAGAUUUUAAAAGCGCACCAUUUAUACCAGGAAUAUGAAUACAUUCACCAGUUUUAAAAUUAACAUGAGAUGUCUGCUAUUUUAUAACCUGGUGGUUGUAUUUAUUGCCCAGUUAAAUGAUACUAAUUGUGGAAUCUUUAAUGUGAAUGUGAGAAAAAUUAUUAUUAUCGAAUGCCUAGUUGUUAACUAGCUGGUGCUGAGCCUUAAAAAAAAAAAUCCGUCCCCCUUGUGCCAAGCUUUUUUUAAAUAUAGUCACAAAAUAUUCACACAUUGUGAUGAUAUAGUGGAAAAAAAUUAUGGGUCUGAUCUUUCCUUGGUUGCCAGUGUCACUUGUUAUGUUGUCAGUUGGAAAAUAAAAUGAAGACAAAUAAAGCCGUAAAAUGCAAAUAAGUUAAUGUUAUUGAAUUAAAAUUAACGGAAAAUUUUCAUAAAGUGAUCAUAUUUUAUUAAAAAAAUCUUUGAUUAUUCAAUUUCAUAAAUUUAUCCAAAAAAAAAAAUAAAAUAAAAAAUUGUUUAUCAUCAUAAGUUAUAAGAGAAAACAGGUAGUGAGAGCGCUGAGAAGCUCCAAAAAAAUAAUUAUUGAAAUAAGAGAUGAUGCUAAAAAUCUAUUGGUUUAAAACAUCAUUUGAACUUGAUAUAUUUAUAUUUUACAGAGAUUAUUUCACAUACAUGUUUUUUUCCAUCCAUUUGCCGGAGCAAUAAUUGAGCCUGAAAAAAAAAUGUGAUGUCAUCAUACCUCUGGUAAUGUCUCUUGUUUGUUUUGUGUCAUUUUUCUGUUCCUAAGAAUAGAUUGGCUCUAAAAAUUAAACAUUUGCUGUUUGCAACUAUAAUCUAAGUUUUUAAGUCAAUGCGUAACCUUGGAUACUCUCAUUUACCAAAAAUAAGGCAGGUUAAGAACAAAUUUGAUAUAAUUCAUAUUCAUUUCUUGAUCUAAAAUGAUUUUAGAUAGCACCAGAUAAUUUAGACUUACAUUUAAAUCAAGUAAAUGAUAAUUUGGAACUAUUUUUUGUCUUUGUAAAUCGGUGCAAGCUUUGUGAUUAGAGAGUUGAAAAUUUGCAGGUGUAGAAUCAGUAUAAGCUGUGUUUUUCCUAUAGCUAUAGAAACUGUAUGAUAGUGAGGGCUUUUAAUUUUGUCAUCUGUCUGAUGAUGUAAAUAAUAAUGUUUUCUUUAGAAUCAAGUAUGCCAGAUUCAUAUGAUUUUCUGAUUCCACUAACUGUGAUAUUUGAGUAAAUAUUUUAUCAACAUGAUCCAGUGUUUACAAAUUUUUGGUACCCAAAUGAAAUGUGACUUUUCCCAUCCAGACUGUUUUUGGAAUGGUGAAUUUCUAUGUUAUUUUACAAUAGUGUUAAAAAUAACAUCACUACAAGGAAUAUUAUAUUAAAACGGUUGUAUCAAAUGCUUUAGGUAUAAAUUUGUACCAUACCUCUAUAGGGUUUAUAUCUAUGGACUUGCAUAUAAUUGAAAUUGAAGAGCAAAAGUGGUGCCACACUAUUUAAAAAAAAUUUGGCCACAUAUUUAUAACUGCUAUUACAUACUGCCAUUAAUCAAAUUUUAAAUUGUGAGUAUUACAUUAAUGCACCAGUUUGGUUUUUUUGGUUUUUAAUUUAGCAGUAAAUUAUUUAAUGAGCUUUCUUCAAUAAUCUGUUUAGCUGCUG